AUUAUGAAAUUUUGGACAAUAUAAUUUCAGAUAAUAAUAUUAGUUUAGAUACUAAUAAUAUGACUGAUCUUGAUAUUAGCUUUCAAGAUAAUAAUAAAGAAGAACAGAAACCAAAACAUGCAUAUCUUACAAAAGAUAAUUGCAAAACCAACAAAUCAUCUAUAAUUCAAAGUUUAAUUAAUACAUAUUGGCUAGCUAAAAAUGUUGUUGCAACAUCUAAAAUUACUGAGCUUACUUCUUUUAUUGAAUUUCAUAUUGAAUAUGAUACUACAAAGUUAUGUUCUUCUUAUAUACUUAAUUAUCCAUUAUUAGAAUCAUUAGAAAUAAAAUUUCAUGCUGAUUAUGAAAGUUAUUCUAAUAAUCAUGCAGCUAAAGAUUUUAUUGAUGCUAUUGGAAGAGUUAUUGAAGAAGUUAUAUGUCAAGAAAUUUGA